CCACCAUAAUCCCAAUAUCGAUGUUACUUUCAAAAGGGAAAAUCAAGUUUCAUGAGCUUCUCCUAUGGGAAUGCCUCUUGCUAUUCGGUGUUUCAGUGAGUUGCACCCCUCCCGCGGACCCUGUCAAAUGUUUGACCAAAUAUUCGAACUGCACCAUCACGAACUCUUACGGCACGUUCCCUGACCGAGCCGUUUGCCGAGCAGGGAACGUGGCUUACCCGUCGAACGAACAAGAGCUGAUUUCGGUCGUGUCGGCCACGACCGAAGCCAGAAGGAAAGUGAAAGUGGUGACACGCUUCUCUCACAGCAUUCCCAAGCUGGUCUGUCCCGACGGCCGAGAUGGGUUGCUUAUCAGCACCAAGUACCUUAACCGGGUAGUGGAAACCGACGUAGCGACAAUGACAAUGACAGUGGAGAGCGGUGUCACGUUGAGGCAACUGGUUAAUGAAGCCGCCAAGGCUGGCUUAGUAUUGCCUUAUGCACCGUAUUGGUGGGGACUCACCAUUGGUGGAAUUUUAGGUACGGCAGCUCAUGGGAGCUCGUUGUGGGGAAAAGGGAGCUCGGUUCAUGAUUAUGUGGUGGAGAUGAGAAUUGUGAGCCCUUCCGGAGCCGAUGAAGGGUAUGCUAAGGUCAGGGUGUUAAAUGAGAGGGACAAAGAUCUGGAUGCAGCUAAGGUUUCGCUCGGAGUCCUUGGGGUAAUUUCACAGGUGACUUUGAAACUUCAACCUCUUUUCAAACGAUCCAUUACUUACGUGACAAAGGAUGACAAAGAUUUAGGAGACGAAGCAGUGGCCUUCGGCCAGCUACAUGAAUUUGCAGACAUAUUUUGGUAUCCAAGCCAACGCAAGGCUGUCUACAGACUCGAUGAUCGGGUCUCGGGUAAUGCGUCCGGCAACGGUCUCUAUGAUUUCACGCCGUUUCGCUCCACUCCCUCGCUUGUUUUGGCACUCGCCAGAUCUAUGGAGGAAACUCAAGAAUUCUUUAGAGAUGCUGAUGGGAAGUGCCUGAAUGCAAAGGCAAUCAUAUCCACACUGCAAACGGCUGCUUAUGGAUUGACGAACAACGGUUUAAUUUUCACGGGCUAUCCCGUAAUUGGAUAUCACAACCGUCUCCAAUCAUCGGGAACGUGCCUGGACAGUCUCGAAAACUCACUGAUCACCGCAUGCGCUUGGGACCCAAGAAUCAAGGGCGAGUUCUUUCACCAAACCACAUUCUCUGUUAGCUUAUCAGUCGUAAAAGACUUCAUCGAAGACGUGCAGAAGCUAGUAGCAAUGGAACCCAAAUCGCUCUGCGGCCUAGAACUCUACAACGGCAUCUUGAUGCGUUACGUCAAGGCCUCCACCGCUUACCUAGGCAAACAAGAAGACGCAAUAGACUUCGACAUCACCUACUACAGGAAUAAAGACCCCAUGGCUCCUAGGCUUUACCAAGACAUCUUGGAAGAGAUCGAACAAAUGGCGUUGUUCAAAUACGGUGCGUUGCCGCACUGGGGAAAGAAUCGGAACUUGGCGUUCGACGGGGUGAUAAAGAAGUACAAAAAUAGCGGGGAAUUUUUGAAGGUUAAAAGUAAGUACGAUCCGUGGGGGCUGUUUUCCAGUGAGUGGACUGACCAAGUUCUUGGGCUGAGGAAUGGGGUCACGAUGUUGAAGGAAGGAUGUGCUUUGGAAGGGUUGUGUAUAUGCUCGCAAGAUGUUCACUGUGCUCCGGCCAAAGGUUAUUUGUGUCGACCUGGAAAAGUUUUUCAACAUGCAAGAGUGUGUACUCGUGUAAAUAGUAAGCAUUAGGGCUUAA